AUGCCAAGAGAUAAACUUCAUCGAAGAAAUCCACUUACAGUUCGACAGGAAGUUCAAUCGUUUAACGAUGCCAUACUUGACAUAACACUUCCUGAUAUUGAAUUAAAUGAAAUGCCAGGUUUACAAAAUCCAGAAGAAUGGAAACGUAUUGCUACUCGAAAUAUUCCAAUGGCAUCUCCGCUGUCUCUUGAAUACCAUCAACAAACAGUUUCAGUGAUUGAACGACCAGAGGGAGAAAAGCAAGUCGUACUCAGAACCAAUUAUCAAUCAGCAUCUACAAACCAUAACAAUAAUAUGCGAACUAAGAGUUCAAAAAUAUUUUGUAGAUCACAUCGUCAUAUGCUAUUUUGUGCCGCAAUCGUUCCUAUUCUAAUAACUAUCGUUAUUUCAGUUGUUGUUACUGUUGUAUUAGUUCGAAAACAUGAUGAAACAAUUACAGAUUAUUAUUCAGGUUCUGUUUUCGUUGCUGCUGAUUUCAAUCCUGUACUUGCGUCAAUAUCAUCAACAUUAAGUAAAAAUUAUCAACAAGAAUUUUGUUCAUUAAUCAGCGCAACACUCAUUAAUCUAAAAACAAAAUAUGCAGUCUUUUAUGCUUCAUGCACACUAACUCGUUUUCGUAAUGGAAGUAUUGUAGGUGAUUUUGUACUUGGUUUUACGCGUUAUCAAAAUGUAACACGACUUAACGCAUUUCUCAAUCGUACAAUAAGUUAUAAACAGCUAUUUGGUGGUACAGUUGUAUCAAUUGUAUUCAAUUUUACAACAGUGAUGAAUACCAGUAGCAUUCAUCAUAACGUCACAGCUCCGACGACUUUGAAUGGCUCCAAGAGCGGUGGCACGCCAACUAUUGUUGCUAAUGCACUAAGUACAACACCGAUUAUCCAACAUUCCAAUGGCCAAAAUUUACAAAUAACAUACUCGACCACUGAUAAAGGUUCGUCGCUAAAUAUAAUUGUUACUACUAACAACAAGAUUUCGCCCAAGGAUACUAAUCAACAUUAUAAAUGUGUUUUCGUACCGAUUUUUGAAAAUGCAACAUAUUCUUUUGUUUUUACUAAUGAUACAUUGAAUUCGUCAUCUCAUUUAGCAAAUGCGCAAUUAGAUGAUAAACAAUUUAGUACUAUUAAUAAUCGAAAAAUCAAUACUAAAAAUGCAGGUUUAACAAGCGAAUCAAUACUAAACAAUGCUUUACCAUUAAACACACCUCAAUAUAAACGAUCAAGACGACUUGAACAUCAUGCAUCACCAAAACAAUUACUAUUAUCUCAACAAGAUUAUCAUGUGCAUCAACCAUCAUUUAGUGAUAAUUCAAGUAUUUCUCUGACUACAGUAUCGUCACGUUCGAGUUCACCUAAUAGUCUUGAAGAUUCUUGGCCAAAAGAUCGUGUAGACAAAUUAGCGGCUCUAGAACCGUUAUCAUCAAAUAAAAAAUUGGCAAUAUUAAAUACAAAAACAAAAUAUUUUUCAACAUCGGAUGGCAGUUUUAACACGGUUCAACCUCUAAAACAUUCUAUUGCUGAACCCAUUCCAUUGCGAGACGAGAGCUCGUCCACUAUAACGCAUCCUACAUCAAAAAAGACGACCUCAAACAACCUAUCUUAUCGAAAUUCUACUCAAAAAUUAUUACAUAUGUCUCUCUUAUCAAACGGUCGAACGCAAAAAGCAGUCGAUGAACUUCCAUAUAUAACACAAGAAUCGAUUAAUCGAUCUUUGUUACAGAACAAAAGUAAUACUCAUGAUCCCAAGCAAUCAUCGAAUCAUUUGGGUGUUAAACCAAUCACCAAUAAAAAACGUACAAUAAAACAUAAUCACUCGUCAAAUAUUGGACAGCAAAAUCAAGCAUUAGAUAAUAAAAAUAAGACUGUUAAAUAUAAAAUUUUGAAUCUAUUGAGAUUUAUUCGUUAG